UUUAUAUAUCACGACGAUGUCAUCACAUUUGCAACGCAUUAAAUCCACUUAGUUGUUGUUAUUCGUCGAAGUAGUAGAAGUAGUAGGCGUUAGGCGUUAGGCGUAGUUAAAGGUUGUAGUAGAGGACAACCUAUAACGAAAACGUUACCAAAAAAAAAAAAUAAAAUAAAAUUACGAAAAUAACAAUAAACUAAAUCCGAACAAAAAGGAUAAAAACUUUAUGCUUACAAACUAUUUUGUUAGUGUAAUGGAAAAUUUCGUCAGUACUAAUGCUAAUGCAAGGAUAAUAAAUUACAAAUGAACAGUGUUAAUUGAAAUAACAGUGAAAAUAUUUUUUUAAUUUCGAAAACAAAGUGCAAUAACAAAAAAAAAUUAAACCUUUAUAUUAAAGGAACUAAAACAAAAAUAAAGGAAAAAAACAUAAAUUAAUUAACAAAAAAAUAAACAAAAGUGAAAACAGUAAUAAUUAAUUAAAUUACCAAAAACUAAGCUUAAGUUUAAAUUUUAUCCAAAAAAUACUAAACAUAGAGGCAAGAUGAAGACAACACUGGUAUUUCUGUGUGCUUUUGUGUCUACAAUUGCCCUAGCAGUGCGCGCUACUCCUGCCAUCAGUUCUAACGAAAACGCGAUUCCCGCCAUUAAUCGUAAUCAAUUGGAGGAGGGCUUUCUAAGAAAAUUGAAUAUAAAAUGUAGUCAAAGAGAUAAUCACUCAUGUAUGAUGUUGAAAUUAAUUGUCUACAUGAAUCGAAUAUUUAAAAAAUCAUCUAUAGAAGUGAAUAAGAAAGUUACAGUAACCCAAAAUCGUGAUAUUGAUGACAUACCAAAUGAUCCGGAUGACGAUAUAUUAUUGGCCCGUUCGAUAGAUUCAGACGAUGAAACUUUAGGUUUAAUAGUGGCUAAUAAACUGUGGAAAUUUAUAAGAUCACGCACAUUACGUUACAAAUUUAGUGAUAAUGCUGAUUUUGUUGUGAAUACGGAACCAAAGGGUAAUUUAAAUUUAGGUGUUUCCAUUAGUCCGGUGGAGGCCUUGGAAGAGGGUCGCGGUAAAAUGAAAAAUUUAGCUCCGAUUUUAUUAUUGAUGGCCGGCAAGGCAGGUCUAGUGGGUGCCGUUCUACUAAAGGGUCUGUUCCUGUUGGCCGGUAAGGCAUUAAUUGUUUCCAAAAUAGCUUUACUACUGUCGGUUAUAAUUGCCUUGAAAAAGCUAUUAUCACAGAAAAAGCACAUUGUAGAGGUACCGCAUCAUGAUAGCUACUCUAGCAGUGGUUGGGCUCGUGCUUUAGAUGGUUUUAUUGAAGGCAUAGCCGAAGUGCCAGCAAAAAUAUUAGCCGAAGAGGCUCAUGAUAUGGCAUUUAAUGGUCAGAAACCGGAGGAAUUAUAAAACUAAUUUAUACGUUAUGGUGUAGAUAUAAAGAGUACUUAUUUAUUCUUUUAUUAUUAUUUAAUUUUAUCUUUUUUUAAGUGUAAUAUUUGCAAUUUUUUUUUUUUUGUUUUUUUUUCCAAGUUUUUUUUUUUAAUUUUAGGUCUUUGGGAUA